GCUUUCCGGUCCCCGUUUCUCCCGUCUCGUUGUGCCCGAAUACCUCACCACAAAAAGGGAACAUGGACGGUUUAAUUACUGGUAUUACGUCGUACCCAUAUCUUGCGUCCCUUAACCAAGCUCAAUUGAAAGCCGUUACUGCAAGCCCUUCAGUCCCUCUGCAAAUCCUUGCCGGACCAGGAUCUGGAAAAACCAGGGUCCUCACCUGUCGUGUCGCCUAUCUGGUACAGCAUCAUAAAUACUCGCCAAAUGAGAUCGUCGCGGUUACUUUCACCAACAAAUCGGCUAAUGAGAUGCGAAAGAGGCUGCAGAAGUUACUUGGGGAUAAGCAAGCUGAUCAAUUGGUACUAGGUACAUUCCACGCGACAUGUGUCAAGUACUUGAGAAGGUACGGCAAAUUGAUUAAUCUGUCCAACAACUUUGUAAUCGCCGAUGCUGAAGACUGCAAGAAAAUCAUGAGUGGUAUACUGAAAAGCCGAAAAGCUGCAUUAGAUGAAGCAUCAAUGUCUCUGAAAGAAGGAGUCGUCUUAUCAGAAAUAUCCAAAGCUAAAGCAAAAGGGGAGCCGCCGGAGGCUAUGGCAAUACGCGCCGCGCAAAAUAAGAAUGCUUUCACAAAUACGCUUGCGGUCAUCGCAGACCUCUACGAAGAGUACCAACUCGCCCUGACAGAGGCGAAUUCGUUGGACUUUGACGACUUGCUGCUGUAUGCCCUGCGACUAUUCAAAGAAGCGCCUAGAGUGGUAGAGAACAUACGGCAUAUCUUGGUGGACGAGUUCCAAGAUACUAACACAACACAAUACGAGCUCUUGAAACGCUUUGCAAAAGCUCAUAAAGGCGUGAGCGUCGUUGGAGACCCGGAUCAGUCGAUCUAUGGCUGGCGUUCUGCAGAGAUUGAGAACUUGAACAAGAUGACGAAGGAUUUCCCUGGUGUAGAAGCGAUCUAUUUGGAAGAAAACUACAGGUCCACCGGAUCCAUUCUUGAUGCUGCCCACGCCAUCGUUUCCCAAGAUCGCCAGCGAAUACAAAAGAGUCUUUUCACUUCCCACCCCAAAAGCGCUCCUGUUACCCUUAAAGUCUUUAGUACUCCCGUCAUCGAAGCGAGCUUCAUUUCCACCGAGAUCAAGCGCCUCAUUGCAUAUUCUGGUGGUCUACUGAGAUACGAUGACUUUGCCAUUCUCUUACGUUACAAUGCCUUGUCUCGGGUGAUAGAAUCUUCCCUCCAAAAGGAUAGUAUCCCCAACCGUAUUGUUGGAGGGCACAAGUUCUUUGAACGAAUGGAAAUCAAGGAUUUGUUGGCGUAUCUUCAGCUGGCCGAUAAUCCGGGCUUCAACCCUGCGUUUGUACGAGUUGUCAAUGUCCCCAAACGCUCCAUCGGGGACAAGACCCUCACAGAUAUCCUAAGUACAGCGAAGUCAAUGAAGAUAUCCCCCAUGCAGUUAUGUGAGCGGGUCACAGAUGGCGAAGGCAUACCUGCAAACAUCAAACCGGGCGUGAAGAAGAGUCUUGCGAACUUUGUCGGUGUGAUCAGGAAACUAAGACGAGCAGCGGAAGGUGGUGCAUCUGUGGCCGACCUGAUCAAAAUGGUCAUCGAGAAAGUCAAUUAUGAAGAUUAUCUCCGUACUUCGCAGCCGGAUUGGGACUCCAGAUGGGAAAAUGUCAAGGAACUGAUUUCAUACAGUGUCACUGUCGCUGAAGAGCAAGCUCGUUUAUCUGGAUCCGAAUAUGGGAUUGCUCCUGAAGAAAGAGGAUUCAUGCCGGCCAAUUCUGCAGCUGUUGAGGCUAUGGUGAACGAGGCAUAUGAAAGAGGAAAAGGAAAAGAAGUCAAGCAGGAUGGAGAUACGAGGCGGGUAAAAGAAGAAAAACGGGUACACCCCAUGUUUAGGCGCCAGGCAAGCGGGAGUGACAAGGGUAGUCAGGGACUUGAUACGUCCUCGGCAGCGAGGAGUCGGAGUAGGAGCGAUUCAAGUGCUGUGGAUAGCAAAAGAAUACCGCGGAAGAAGGGUUCUGUAAAGACGAAUGAAAGGCAUGAUGGGGUGAUAGAAUUGCUUUCGAGUGAUGAGGAAGAAAACGAUAUCAAGCCAGAUGUAAAGUCGAAGAAAGAAGUUGUCGAUGGAGUUAAGCAGAUCAAUGUGGCCGAUGCCCCCUCUGAUUCGGUGGAAUCACUAGCCAACGCACCUGAUAAUUUGACGCCCCUGGCAUACUUCCUUCAAACUUCCAUGUUAUCGACGGAUACUGAAUCAGGUCAAGAUGAUGCUUCUACACCCAAAGUCACGAUCAUGACUGUCCAUGCUGCAAAAGGUCUCGAAUGGCCUGUGGUCUUUAUACCUGCUGUCGAGCAAGGUACCUUCCCUUCUUAUCGUUGCACCGAACCUCAUGAAAUAGCAGAAGAACGACGAUUACUCUACGUCGCUAUGACUCGAGCGCAAAGUUUCUUGACAAUGUCGUAUUGUCAGUUCAGAAUGAUGGGCGGGGAAGAGAACAACAAAGAGGCUAGUGAGUUUUUGGGGGAUGUUAUGCGGCAUCAGCCGGCUUUAUUAGCAACCGACCAGCCUAACGUGGAUACGGUCGUGAGGAAGCACAUGUCUGCCAUGCUAUGUCGACCUAUGCCUGAUGAGGAUCUGACGAAAGACAUGAUCAUGAAGCAUGUUCGUGCAGCCCCUCCCCUGAGUACUUGGGAUCCACCUGAGCGUUCUUCAUGGGGAGAGAAGAUCAACCGCUUUGCUCGUCGGGAUGUCACCAAGGCUGCUCGUGCGACUGAAUACUGGGCAUCAGACGUUGACGAGUACGCCCUCCCGUCCGAUUCAUUGUCUGCCUCCACCUCUUCCCCAUAUACAACUAGCUUUACCUCUGCUCGAAUGAACUCCGGCCUUUCCAGACCGCCGGCCGCGUUGCCGAUGGCGCCCCAAAAGAAACCUCCUCCGCCAUCUGUAAAAUCUGCCAACAGACAUAUACCACCUACAAUGCCGUUCACAUUUAAUACAAAGGAGGAAAUAAAGGAGGAAACAUCAUUAGACUCAUUAAUGAGUGGGGGUAAUAAGAGUUUAGAGAUGAUGGCGGGGCUAGGUUUGCCCGCUGAUCUACCUCCUGAUCUUGUCGGGCCCUCCGCUGGCGCGGGCGGUGAAUUGGCAGGAAGAGGAUCGCUUGAGGUUGCCAGAGGAAAGAAGAGACUGGGGAUGGGAAGACCAGCGCCAUGGGGAAGCAAAAAGCCUCGAAAAUAAUUAUAAUUUAUUGCAGUAUCACUUGUUGUAUUGUAAGACCUUUGUAUAU